AAAGAACAGGCAAGUAAGGCACGUAAAAAUCUAUCAAUUUGCGUUAAAUUCGUGAGGUAUUUGUGGUUAAAAACUUGUAUUCAUCAAUUCGGUUUUGGACCCAUUGAUCACUUAUGGAGAAAAGAAAGUAUGCGGCAUUUUGCCGCUUGUGCUUGGUGGAAACCAAAAACAAGGUGGUAAUUUUCCCACAAGGACGCUCCGCUGAAAGCAGAGCCGAAAGAUUAUUGAAACUGGUUGAGAUAAAGAUUGACUUUGCAACGGAGCCAGGAGCCAUUCUAUGUUUCGAAUGUCUUGCCAUUUUGGAGGAAUUUCGGAAGUUUAAAGAACAGUGCCAUGAAAAUGAUAGGCAUAUGCAAAAAUUACAUUGUAAAUCGGAUAUUUCCACAACGGAAUCCGUUUAUUCGCAUAAUAAGCAAGCGAAAGAUUCGUAUCGUAAUUCAGAAAGUAUCACAACAGAUUCGGUUAUUACGCCUAGUAAAGAUAUGAAAGAUUUGCAUCGGAGAUCGAAUGGUUCCACAACAAAAUCCGUUUCUAAGCAAAAUAUGCAAACAAGUGAUUCACAUCGUAAAUCGAAUAGUUUCACAACAGAAUCGGUUUCUACGUAUAACAGGCAAAUGAAAGAUUCGCAUCGUCAAUCGGAUAGUUCCACAGCAGAGUCGGUUUCGGCGCAUAAUAAGGAUAUGAAUGAUUCGCUUCGUAAAUCGGAUAGUUCCGCAACAGAAUUGAUUCCUACACAUAAUAAGGAGAUGAAAGAGUUGCAUCGUAAAUCCAAUAGUGCCGUAAUAGAAUCGGUUUCUACGCAAAACUCGAACAGUGGCAAAAUAAUUAAAAAUAAGGAAAGUAUAAAUAAAGACCUAUCGCUCAGCGGAAGCUUGUUUAAAAGGAUAAAAGCAGUCAAAGUAAUGUCGGGCAAGAAGAAAGAUUCCCCCAAGCCUUCCAAAAAGCCGAAAGAGCUUGUUGAUCCGUUAAAUGAAGAAGCUUGGGUUUGUACUAAAAACAGAGAAGAAAGUGAAUCUUGGAAGAUACCGGCCGGAGCAUGCAGAGGCAUGUCCCUAGACGAAAUGUUGGUACUGGCCGAUUCUUAUCCUGACUUUUUCCACUUCGAAAAAGGCCAACGUUCAGUCUACUAUACACUGGUCUUCUAUGGCGAACGCUACAAUUCGGCCUUAUUCACUCGUCAUCACACCUACUGGCAAUGCUAUCAUCGACGGAAAUACAAUUGCAAAGCUACGGUAUGUGCUACAAAUGAUUACAGACAUUUUGAGCGGCGGCAUAGUCACACCCACGGGGACUUGCCGGAAAAAACCGGUACUGUUCGUGCACCGCUUGAGGUACUUCCGGAAAUAUUCAAGGUCUGUAGGAAUUUCAUUGAACGGAGGGAAAAAGUUUGCAACCAAGUUAAAACGAAAACCUCGAAGGUAAAGAAAAAGAAACAAAAAUCGACUGAUGCUGCCAACAAAGAUAUUGAAGCAACUGACAAGGAUGGUUAUCUACAAGAAGAGGUUAUACCUGAUGAUAAUUGUCCCGUUCUGGCUGAGUCAUAUCCCGAUUUCUUUCACUUUGAAAAAGGCUUCCGUUCAAUCAACUACACCCUCGUAUUCUAUGGGGACCGAUAUAAUUUCCCGAAGUACGGUGUUAAAUACACAUACUGGCAUUGUAUCCAUCGCGAUAAACAUCACUGCUCGGCGACAGUGUGCACAACGAACGACUACACGAUGUUUGAACGCAGAGGAAGUCAUUCCCAUGCAAAACUACCAGAAACCGAAGGUAUCGUUUACACGCCACUGGAAGCUCUACCGAUAAUAUUCAAAACGAGUAGAAUGCAAUCCGCCUUGAAACAAGAAGCAGAUAAAAAACGGCGCCGCAGAAAACAGUCAGAAACAUCUGAGGAAAGUGAUUCAACCGAUGCCUUCGCUACGGAUUCGGAUGACGAAAAUGUUCCACUUUCCAAACAGCUAAAAAUGUCUUCGUGCUUGGACAGUAGUAUGGAGGACACAAACGAGAACGCAGCUGGUAAACAAUGCAAUUCUGUUGUAGGGGAAAUAGUAUCUGACAAUUCCCGAACUGAAGAAAAACAAGCUUCCGAAAAAGUGGAAAAACAAAAAACUACGUCAAUUGCUCGCGCGAAAAGGCUAAAUCGAGCUGACGAUGUUGUGUUGGCCGACUCAUAUCCCGAUUUUUUCUACUUUGAGAAAGGUCCUCGCUCUGCUAAUUAUACUCUGGUAUUCAACGGCGAACGGUACAACUCAGCUCGGUUUUCUGUUAACUACACCUAUUGGCAAUGCAUGCACCGGCAAAACAAGCACUGCCAAGCGAUAGUUUGCGUCGCAAACGAUUACUCUUCGUUUGAGCGGAGAAACAGCCAUUCUCAUGGCAAGUUGCCUGAGAAGGAAGGCACCCGCUUUACACCGCUGGAAGCAUUGCCGAAAAUAUUCGAAAUCGCCAGAAAUGGUGUGCAGAGACGAACCUAUGAGAGCAAGAAACUUCGAGGAAAUCGGUCAGUUUUAGACGAAAGCUUAACAAGCGACUCGCUAACAGAUGAAUCUGGUGAGGAUGAUUAAACUGCACGACCGCGUGCCUACCGAAGAACCUGAUUAGUAUGAACCCUGAGAACAAAUGUACAGUUUUAUUUAUUACUAAAUCCCAGAGCAAAGCUGACAGCAAAAAAUGGUUUAACAAUAAGGAUAAUUAUAAGUGUUAACGGUAAUUGUAAGAGCCAGCGAACCCUGAUUGCCCACUAUUCUGUAUUAUCAUUAAAUAAAACGCAAUCAAUCGUUUUAAAGAAUUAACAGUAACACGGUAGAACACAAAUUUGUGAAACAUUCGCAUUAUUGGAGAUUUUCGGACGUAGUAAACCAGUAAAUGAUGACCAGUUUAGCUUCCAAUUUUAGACAAAAGGACUAAAGAAAGACUAAGUUAUUCGGAAAUGGAUUGACAAAAAAAUCUUUACACGAAAAUAAAACGGUGC